CAGCUCUCGGAGCACACAGUCGGAAGUCAGUUGAAUCUCAACUGCUUCAGAGGCAGCAUCCUCUCGUGGGCAGGCAAUUCAUAGAUCGUCCGAAGUCUUAUCUCCUAGGACUCCGGCUCUUUAUUUUAUUGAUUCGUGUAUUGUGCAGAUUUUUACAAGAAGAAAAAAAUCCGUUCUGUCAGUGAUAAAUCCGGUACAAUUUUGCAUCACGCGUGCAAAUUAUGCGUCUCUCUUAACGAAUGUGAUAAUCCAAGCCCAAACAACGAUUGGACCAAAGUGAUCGUCGGAUAUUUUGUCUGUGUGUUAUAAGUAAUAGUUCUUAGUCGGAUUGCACAGCUCACCCCAUAGUGCAACAGAAAAAAAACAAAACAGAAGAUGUCCUCCAACUGUGAGAUCACUGUUACGAGCCCACAGGAGGCAAACACCAAGAGCAGCAUCAUCGUGGUGUCAAAUCGGUUGCCAUUCGUGCUCAAACGAGACCCCAAAACUAAUCUGCUUAGCCGAAAUGCUAGCGCCGGCGGUUUGGUAACAGCAGUAGCUCCGGUUGUCAUCAAGGGCAGAGGUCUUUGGGUAGGGUGGUCCGGAAUUACCCUAUCCGAUGAGGACACAAUCCCCGAAUCGGAUCCAUCGGACCGAACACCAACGGCAGGUCUUCUGUCCAAUCAGGUAGUAUCAGUUAACGUGGAACCGAAAUUGUUCGAUAGCUACUACAAUGGAUGCUGUAAUGGGACGUUUUGGCCGCUGUUUCACUCGAUGCCUGGCCGGGCAACGUUCAACGCAGAUAACUGGAGCUCGUACUAUCAGGUGAAUAAAGAGUUCGCCGCACAGACUAUCCUGGCAUUGGAGAGAUGCUUAAAUCAAAAGCACAACACUGGAGUGCCGAUUGUAUGGAUUCACGAUUACCAUCUAAUGCUGGCGGCCAACUGGAUCCGUGAGGAAGCCGAAGAAAAGAACCUACCGUGUCAUGUUGCGUUCUUCCUGCACAUUCCCUUCCCACCAUGGGAUAUCUUCCGUUUGUUCCCAUGGUCUGAUGAAAUCCUGCAAGGAAUGCUUGCUUGCGACAUGAUCGGUUUCCAUAUUCGAGAUUACUGCUUGAACUUUGUGGACUGCUGUCAACGUAACCUCGGUUGCCGAGUUGACCGUAAGAACCUGCUCGUUGAGCACGGUGGUAGAUCCGUCAGAAUUCGACCUCUGCCGAUUGGAAUUCCAUUUGACAGAUUCGUCGAAUUGGCCAAGAAGGCGAAACGUGUACUCAGGACCAAUCAGAAGAUCAUCCUCGGUGUAGAUCGCUUGGACUACACCAAAGGACUGGUUAACCGUCUCAAAGCCUUCGAGUCACUUUUGGAGAAGCACCCAGAACAUCGCGAAAAUGUGAGUAUGCUGCAGAUUUCGGUGCCGUCUCGAACCGACGUUAAGGAAUAUCAAGAACUAAAGGAAGAGAUGGACCAGCUGGUUGGCCGGAUAAACGGUCGGUUUACCACGGCCAAUUGGUCUCCCAUCCGGUACAUCUACGGCUGUGUUGGUCAGGAAGAUCUGGCCGCUUUCUAUCGGGACGCCUCCGUCUGUCUGGUGACACCCCUGCGGGACGGAAUGAAUCUGGUCGCGAAAGAAUUCGUCGCUUGCCAAAUCAACGAACCACCGGGCGUUCUGAUCGUAUCACCCUUCGCCGGAGCAGGAGAGACCAUGCACGAGGCCCUGCUCUGUAAUCCCUACGAAAUUGAAUCCGCCGCAGAGGUUAUACACAGGGCACUUACCAUGCCCGAAGAUGAGCGUUCCCUGCGAAUGGGACGCAUGAGAAGACGAGAGAUGCAACAGGACGUCAACCACUGGAUGAGACAGUUCCUCAAGGCAAUGGAUUCGCUGGAGGAGGAUGAAAUCGGAACUACCACGAUGCAACCGGUCACCGUGGAUGACUUCGAUGAUUAUCUUUUGAACUACAUCGGCAGCAACCACAAGCUGGCCCUGCUGCUGGAUUACGACGGUACGCUGGCACCGAUUGCACCGCAUCCGGAUCUGGCAACACUGCCACCGGAAACCAAGAACGUACUACAACGCCUGUCGAACCACUCCGACGUCUACAUUGCCGUAAUCUCGGGCCGUAAUGUGGAUAACGUCAAGGCAAUGGUUGGCAUCGAAGGCAUCACUUACGCCGGUAACCACGGUCUGGAGAUUGAACACCCGGACGGAAGCAAGUUCAUCCACCCGAUGCCGAUGGAAUACGAGGGCAAGAUGACCAAACUACUGAAGGCUUUGCAGGAAGAGGUUUGUCAUCAUGGAGCCUGGGUUGAGAACAAGGGUGCCAUCCUGACGUUCCACUACCGGGAAACACCGAGCGAAUUGCGACAUGAGCUGGUCUCCAAGGCACGCCAACUAAUCACCGAUAACGGCUUCAGUGUUACGGAGGCACACUGCGCUGUGGAGGCGAAACCACCGGUCCAGUGGAACAAGGGCCGUGCCUCCAUCUACAUCCUCCGUACUGCCUUCGGCGUGGAUUGGAGUGAACGAAUCAAGAUCAUCUACGCCGGUGACGACGUUACCGAUGAGGACGCCAUGAUGGCCCUCAAAGGUAUGGCAGCUACGUUCCGCGUUACGAACGCCCAGAUAGUCAAGACCUCGGCCGAGCGGCGUCUACCGUCCACGGAUUCGGUGCUGACGAUGCUCAAGUGGGUCGAGCGGCACUUUAUGCGCCGCAAGCCCCGCUCCAACAGUCUGACCUACAAGAACCGCAAGAAGGAUUGCGUCAAGAUGCAACUGGCGUUCGAAUUGGUUCCGAGCCCGAACCAUAGUGCAGCGAACAGCUCCGACGAGCGAGAUUGAAGCAAGGUCGAAGGAUAUAGGGAAGCAAUUUUUAUAUCUAGGGAUAUUUAAAGUAAUUUUAGAUAAACGGAAGGAACAACUAUCAAAAUACAAGUAAAAUAUGAUUUUGCAAACUGUUUUCUGUUUUCGAAUGUUACUCUUACUGUGAGAUUAGCGUUGAUACUUUUAAUACUGUUCGAUAAAUAAAGUUAGAUUUUAGUCUAAGACCAA